GGCGGCGGAGCGGGCCAUGGCCGCGGCGGGCAGCGGCGUGGCGGCGGCGGCGGCGGAGGCGGGCGCGGCGUUCAGCACCGCGAACAGCGGCCGGGUGAACGGGCUGAGCCGCCCGCCCGGCGCCAUCGCCAUGAAGGAUCACGACGCCAUCAAGCUCUUCGUGGGGCAGAUCCCGCGUAACCUGGAGGAGAGCGACCUCAAGCCGCUCUUCGAGGAGUUCGGCCGCAUCUACGAGCUCACCGUGCUCAAGGACCGCUUCACCGGCAUGCACAAAGGCUGUGCCUUCCUCACCUACUGCGCCCGCGACUCGGCCCUGAAGGCGCAGAGCGCCCUGCACGAGCAGAAGACGCUGCCGGGGAUGAACCGCCCCAUCCAGGUGAAGCCGGCCGACAGCGAGGGCCGAGGAGAAGACAGGAAGCUCUUUGUGGGCAUGCUGGGGAAGCAGCAGAGCGAGGACGAUGUCCGGCGCCUCUUCGAGCCCUUCGGCCAGAUUGAGGAGUGCACCAUCCUGCGAGGGCCCGACGGAGCCAGCAAAGGUUGUGCCUUUGUGAAGUACGGCAGCCACGCCGAGGCACAGGCUGCCAUCAACAGCCUGCAUGGCAGCCAAACCAUGCCGGGAGCCUCCUCCAGCCUGGUGGUGAAGUUUGCGGACACGGACAAGGAGAGGACCCUGCGGCGGAUGCAUCAGAUGGCCGGGCAGCUGGGCAUCUUCAACCCCAUGACCAUCCAGUUCGGCGCCUACGGGGCCUACACGCAAGCGAUCAUGCAGCAGCAGGCAGCCCUGAUGGCGGCUGCGCAGGGCACCUGCCUCAACCCCAUGGCUGCCAUCGCGGCCGCCCAGAUGCAGCAGAUGGCCGCCUUCAACGUCAGCGGGCUGGUGGCUGCUCCCCUCACCCCAUCUUCAGGUACGAGCACUCCCCCCGGCAUCAGCACGGCGCCGGUGCCCAGCAUCGCCACGCCGAUCGGCGUCAACGGCUUCAGCCCGCUGCCGCCGCAGACCAACGGGCAGCCCGCCUCGGAGACCAUCUACACCAACGGCAUCCACCCCUACCCAGCUCAAAGCCCCACGGUGGCAGAUCCCCUCCAGCAAGCCUACGCAGGCAUGCAGCACUAUGCAGCAGCGUAUCCCACCGCUUACGCGCCCAUCAGCCAGGCCUUCCCCCAGCAGGCGCCCAUCAUCCCGCAGCAGCAGCGAGAAGGUCCCGAGGGCUGUAACCUGUUCAUUUAUCACCUGCCCCAGGAGUUCGGGGACGCAGAGCUCACGCAGAUGUUUUUGCCUUUCGGCAACGUCAUCUCUGCCAAAGUCUUUGUAGACCGUGCCACCAACCAGAGUAAAUGCUUUGGUUUCGUCAGUUUUGACAAUCCGACGAGCGCUCAGGCAGCCAUUCAGGCCAUGAACGGCUUCCAGAUCGGCAUGAAGAGGCUAAAAGUCCAGCUAAAGCGGCCGAAAGAUGCCAACAGACCCUACUGACCCCUGCUCAGCCUGGCCCUGCGGAGAGGUUGGGUGUCCCGGGGUGUCUGACGACUUUCCCCUUCCCCAAGUGCAGUAUCCAAACCCGUAACUCUCUUUCUUUGCAACACACCCCGGAGGAGGCACAGGAGGAGGAGAUGGAGGAGCAGCGAAGAAGAGAGCCAUUCUGGUCGUAGCUUUUCUUUCCUUUUUUGAUUACUUUUACCCCAAACUGGUCUUGUUUGUUACUGAACGGGAACACGAGCGAGGAGGACGAGGAAGGAGGAGAGCGACGCGGCUCCGGGGCUGAGGUUCGCCGCCGGCCGCGUGCCGGGACUCAACGCCUCCCUCGCCGGGAGACGGGCGGAGGGCAGCCGGGAUCCACUUUGUGGCUGGUGGUUUUGAAAGCACUCACUUGCUGCUACCGAUUUCCCAGGAGAAACGAGGAAAAGAGGCUCCAAAUGGAUUCUUAAACCAAAGCCGGUGGGACGGGACCAGCCUCGGGCGCUUCACCUGGAGGAUGCUUGGUUGGAAAAGGAAAAAGGAAAAGGGGCAAGAUUUGCUUUUUCCCCACGUCAGGGGGAGGAGAAAAGACAAGGAUCAAAGUAUGUUGGACUUAUAGAAGAUAUAUAUAAAUAAGUAUAUAUAUAUAUAUAUCCCACGGAGCGGGGCAGCGGGACACGCGCUUCCCCUGCUUGUCACUGGCACAGGGACAUAGGAUUACUUGUUUCAGAGUCAUAUCAUUCCUUAGAGUUUAGGGACCAAAGGACUAUUGCUUUUUUUAAAUAUAUCUAUAAAUAAAUUAAUUUAAAAAAAUUAAAACAAAACACACAGAAAAAAAAAAAAAAACAAAAAA